CGCGCCGCCCGGGGAAGGCCCGCCCUCCGUGAGCCGUCCCGCGGCGCUGGGCGGGGGUCGGCCCGGGCAGGGCGCGGUGUGAGCGGAGCGGAGCGGGGCGGCCAUGAAGGCAGGAGCUACUUCCAUGUGGGCUUCGUGCUGCGGGUUGCUGAAUGAAGUCAUGGGGACCGGAGCUGUCCGUGGCCAGCAGUCGGGCUUUGCAGCAGGUGCUGGUCCGUUCCGCUUUGCACCCAACGCGGCUUUUUCAUCGUGUCCAUCCCCAGCUGCAGCUGCUGCCAACGUGGUUUGCAAAGCCUGUGGACUUCCCUUCUCAGUUUUUAGGAAAAAACACGUGUGCUGUGACUGCAAGAAGGAUUUUUGCUCGGUUUGUUCUGUCUUACAAGAGAAUCUCCGAAGAUGCUCUACUUGUCACUUGCUGCAAGAAACAGCAUUUCAGCGGCCGCAGCUCAUGAGGUUGAAAGUCAAGGAUCUGCGUCAGUACCUCGUCCUCAGAAACAUACCGACAGAUACUUGCAGGGAGAAAGAAGACUUGGUGGAUCUCGUGCUGUGCCACCAUGGCCUGGGCCCUGAGGAGGAUAUGGACGCUGGUAGCUUGCGCUCAUCUCGAUCACAGACUUCUGGGUUUUUUACUCAUCCAUUUUCUAUGUCUAUGUCGGUGUCGUCUCAAGGAGAACUUGCAAACAGAAGCACAGGAAAUGGGACACCUUUGCGGGGCCAAACUGAAACAUCUUCUAUAAAUAAUGACGAAGAAGAAAGUGCUGAGGAACAGACUCCCGGAUUGUCCAGAAAACGAGCAAGAGCUUCUCUGUCUGAUAUUUCAAGUCUGGAGGACAUCGAAGGCCUGAGUGUUCGGCAGCUGAAGGAGAUCCUGGCGUGUAAUUUUGUCAACUACUCGGGAUGCUGUGAGAAAUGGGAACUCGUGGAAAAAGUGAGCAGGCUGUACAAAGAGAGCGAGGAAAACCACAAAACACAGGGUGAGAAGGUACAGCUGAACGACAACGAUGACAACCUGUGCCGGAUCUGCAUGGAUGCAGUGAUCGACUGCGUCCUGCUGGAGUGCGGCCACAUGGUGACCUGCACCAAGUGCGGCAAGAGAAUGAGCGAGUGCCCCAUCUGCCGGCAGUACGUCGUACGGGCUGUGCAUGUUUUUAAGUCUUAAAGCAAGACCAAAAGCACCUUUGAGUCACCCUUUGGCUACCAGGAUUUCUGUGGGCAGCAGUGCUGAGCGCUGGGGCAUAGAUCUGAUUUUUAAUUCUCAAACACAACGUUUUGAACAUCAGGACAUAGAAGCUUCUGAACACUUUUUUACAGCGUAUUAAUCUGACGGUCGGGCAGAGUGGUGUGAUGCCUGUGCGUGCAGUGACAGAGCUGCCUGACCUUAAACCCACAGACUGUUCGGGUCAAACUGUUUACAGCAGUUAUUGCUCUCUUCUGAAGAAUAUCAGCCCUUGUUAUUGCAUCCAGUACUCAGCAAGUGGUCACAGAAACCACCUUUGCUCAACCAUAUUUGCGUUACGUUGUCUAGUCCUUUGGAGCUUAUCAGUUCAAUAUUCUGCUCUUAUGUAAUUAUACAAAUAUAGAAUGUAACUGACACUGUUCCUGGAGCAGUGUUACCAGUUUAAAGACUCCAGAAAGCACUGCCCUUAACUGUACCUGCACAGGAAACCUUAAGCAGCAAUCUGACAUUGAUUGCUGUGCUCAGAAUGUCAGACAUUGCCCUGUAUUCCCUUGGCCAUUCCUGGUCGCUCUGUGGGGCUCUCACGUGGUAUCCAAAUACUGCUUACUAAGUGGGUGGGUUUUUUUCAGUGUAGGAAUAUUUUUCUAAGGAGGUACAGGAAACCGUACUGAGGUUCUUAAUCCACUCAUGCCUAUAGUGACUAUUAAUCUAAUGUGAUGAUUGUAUUUCAUGUGCCGACAACCUGAUAUUACUGUGAAUACUAAUCAGGGUCAUGAAACUACUUGCUGCUAACACGUGGAAUGUAUAGAACUGCUAACCUUAAGGGGGAAUGGUUAACGAUAGGGGAAAGGAAACCUCAUCUUUAAAACCUCACAUUCACAACGUUCUCUAUGGCUUGUCACUAUUACUCCGCUUCCCAUCAGCUGCUGCAUACCUGCACUGCUGUCGUCGUCUUGGAACAAAGCCCUUCUCAGUGCCUGGGGCUGCCCAUGCAGCCUCCUGAGGGGACAGAGCUGCACAGUCACUUCAGAUGAGGGGACAGGAUCCCUGUGUCCAAGCACGGCCAUGCUGGUGCUUGAGUAGGAGUAAAUUCAUGGUUAAAAGAUACAAAAAAAAGAGGAAAGAAAGUUCAGCUGAAGCUGCAGUUUCUCCUUUGAAUUUCCCCCAUGCUAACAAAGCAGUGGAGGUAAGAAAACGUUUUGCCAAGGCUUUAAUAUCUGGUAAUUCUUACCUCUGCUACCCCACCUGUCAGUCCGGCUCUCUCGUCUUUACAUGGCUGGCUUGAAAAUGAGAAAGCAGCUCCUCCUCAGAACAAAACAUGCAGCUUGAAGACACUGCUGGCCAUUUUUCAGAAGGGAGCAAACCUCUCAAUGGCUUUAUUUUUUAGAAGUAACUUUUUAACGAUACUUAAUUCCCGGAAUCUCCGUAGGGUGGGUAAGCUAAUGACAAACGUACCGUAUGUUACUUCCAUGCUGAUCGUUAGCCACACAAGCUUAAUAAAGAUUUGUGAUGGGCUUUCA